AUGACAUAGUGUCAGUGUCACUGUCAGUCGUUUGCUCUUUGCAAAGUGCUUCGUUGGUACCUUUACCGUGUCAUGUUGAAUAUCAUAUGCUCUUUGAUCAUAUUCCUUCUCAACACCUGAACAACUAUAUCUUAUUCUAAUAAAAUAUACUAAUAUUACAAAAUUACUCUGUUACAUUCGUCAGAGUCGUGAAUUUAGAUUUUAUCGCACUAACUGCAUGCGGCGCGUCAAAGAUUCCUAUGACAAGAAGACACUGACUAAUUAUUAUUUUGAUGAUAUACAAUAAUUUUACUGCAAAAUGACUACACCAGGAACCUCGGCAUCACCAGCUGUGCAAGAGUUUAAAAUCAGAGUCCCAAAGAACGUGAAGAAGAAACAUCAUGUAAUGCGGUUUAAUGCCACGCUGAAUGUAGACUUUGGAAAAUGGACUCAAGUCAAGAUGGAGAGGGAGAACAACAUCAAGGAAUUCAAAGGAUUAGAUGAAGAUAUGCCCAAAUUCGGCGCGGGCUCCGAGUAUGGACGAGACAUUCGCGAGGAAGCUCGCCGUAAGAAGUUUGGGAUCAUCUCGCGAAAAUACAAGCCUGAAGAUCAACCAUGGAUACUGAAAGUGGGAGGAAAAACAGGAAAAAAGUUCAAAGGCAUCCGCGAGGGCGGCGUAUCGGAGAACGCCGCCUAUUACGUGUUCACGCAUGCCGCCGACUCCGCCAUCGACGCCUACCCGUUGCAGGAGUGGUACAACUUUCAACCUAUACAAAGAUACAAAGCCUUGUCUGCGGAAGAAGCUGAACAGGAAUUUGGGAGACGCAACAAAGUGAUAAACUACUUUUCACUCAUGUUCCGCAAGCGCAUGCGCGGCGACGACGCUGCCGACGAAGCCGACGACCCCGACGACAAGAAGACUAAAGGCACCAAGGCCAAGAAAGAGUUAAAAAUAUCAGAUAUGGAUGAAUGGAUUGAUUCCGACGAUGAUUCCUCCAACUCUGAGGCUGCAGAGAAAGACAAUGACAGUGACUCUGGCACCAAGAAGAAACCAAAUAAAAAAGGACCGGUAAAGAAGAAGAAGAAGGUGGACGACGAAGCGUUCGAGGAGAGCGACGACGGUGACGAGGAGGGCCGCGAGCGCGACUACAUCUCCGACUCGUCCGACAGUGAAACAGAUCACGAGGCGAAGGCUAACAAAGAACUCAAGGGCGUAGCAGAAGAAGACGCACUCAGGCAACUGCUGACGUCGGACGAGGACAGCGAGGAGGAGCAGGAGCAGAAGGAGGCGUCGGAGCCGGAGGACGAGCCGACGCGCGAGGGCGAAGAGCGCGCAAGCAAGCUCACCAAGAAGAAGGCCGCCAAGCCCGACGAGAAGAAGGAGUCCAGCAGCGAGUUCAGCUCCGACUCGGACACGGACGCGGAGGGUGCGUCCAAAAAGCCCAAGAAGCGCAAGGAGCCCGACGCCCGCGCCGGAUCCUCCGCUGCACCGCACUCAGCGAGCGCGCCGGGCAGCGCCAGCACGUCUCGCUCUGGCUCGCCCGCGCCCGCGGUAGCCGCCGCCGCCGCGCCGCCCGCCAAGCGACCCAAGAUCGAUCCCUCCUACACCGAGUGCGGCGUGACGGAGGAGGCGGUGCGGCGCUACCUGGCGCGCAAGCCCAUGACCACCACGGAGCUGCUUACCAAGUUCAAGUCCAAGCUCACCGGCGUCAGCUCCGAGCGCCUGCUCGAGACAAUGACGCAGAUCCUCAAGCGCAUCAACCCCGUCAAGCAGAACAUCAACGGCAAGAUGUACUUAAGUAUCAAGAACAACUAACGUAUUUACCUGCUAGAAAUUCUUCAGUAAGUCAAAGAAUUGCGCUCGUGGUUGCGUCUGAUUUGAUGCUCGCAGAACUAUCAAAUGUAUGGGGCCGUAUCAGCGUCACCUAGGAACUAUUAUUAUCACGGACAAUUAGGUAUUUAUUUGUCUUUGUGAUUUUGAGCUAUAAGUCUUAGCACGUCAAUAAACGUGUUGCAUGUAAGCACAUUAUAUUAAACCCGUCUGUUUUGUAAUCGUAAUGUACAGUCAACCAAUUUGAAUCCUAGGCCACUAUAGAACCUUGUCGCUUUAUUUACUAGAUACUUGACACGCAUCACUCAAUAAGCACUGUCGUAGAAGUCAUUAUGGCAUGGUUUUAUUGUGGCCUAGGAAUCAAAUUGGUUGACUGUACAGUCAGCGUCAAAUACUUCGUAGCAGUCAAAGUGGCCAAAUAGUUCGGUACACCAUACUAAAUAUAUGGUGUACCGAACUAUUUGGCUACUUUGACUGCUACGAAGUAUUUGACGCUGACUGUACAUAUGGUUUAUUUUGAUGUAGUAUUAAGUUAGUAUGUAACAUGAUACAGACUUUCGACCCCCUUCAGCUUUAUUAUAUAAAAAUAAUAUAUGUAUUCUGCAAACAAUAAUGUAGAUUAUCAUUAGUACCUCCGUGUUACAUCUCCGAAAUGUAAUCAAUGCGCCAAAGAAAAUGGUGUACCACCGCGAAUGUUAAGUGACGUUUCAAAUGAAUCUAAACGACCUUAAAAUAAAAGUUAUUUCGCAGUGGAUUGUUAUUAUAUUGCUUUUAUUAUGUUUCUAGAUAUUAUUUGAAUGCAUUUUUAUAACGCAUAAAGGAUUUUUUUAUUUUUAAAAAUUUUCGUUACUUGUCUGGCAUAUCGCCAGUAGUCGGAGACCUACAGGACGCAAUGAAGCGGCACUUCAAUGAGGUGCAUAUGUCAUAGUUCGAUAUUUUAAGCAUUAGAUAAAAGGUAAACAAUCUUGACGUGACUUUUUAUUUAAAGUUAUUGAAAAACGAUUUUAAAAAAUUAGUUUAUAUUACUUAUGAAAGCAAAGAAUAUAAAUAAUCGUAUAUGAUUUAUAAUUAUUACCUACAUAUUUUGUAUGACUUAUUUUUGAAGUGUUUUUUUUUUAUAAAAAUACAGGUCAAGAUAGCGUACUUUCUUUCUAAUGCUUAAAUAAACGAAUUAUAGUAUUGAAAAUAUUAAAUAGAGAGAAAAAAAACAUUAGGGUAAAUCGUCUUUUACUGGCCACCCUCCAAUUACUGGCCACCUUAUACUAAAAUGGCUGAAAUAAGAAUUAUAUUUAUUUAUUUACACAAUUCACGUAAACUAAAUAACUAUCGUUCUGAUGGUUAACUUAGAUUGUGUGAUUAUGAAACAGAAUCCCUUUUGGUAUAAGGUGGCCAGUAAUUGAAGGGUGGCCAGUAAUAGACGGUUUACAAGAUAUGAGGGAUGAAAUGAUGAUGAUGAUGUCCUCCCAGACGCAUCCGUCGACGGCGACACCACAAAUCAGGUAUUCUGUAAAUUAUGACGUGCAUGGGCUCGAACGUGACUUGCGAAACCGAGUUUUGUUUUAAACUUCCGGCCGCAAGUCGUGCAGUAAAGCUCGCCAUUUGAAUCGUAAGUGUAUGUGUAGGAGGGCUUGGGCCGAGAUUUUCGAAGCUGGCGUUUAGUUGAAAUGGUGUAGCUUCUUGCCCUGGCAAAGAACUGCAAAGUCGGAGCUAAAUUUGUAACUUUUUUGUAAUUUCUCUAAAUCGUGUCAUUCAUGUCCCAGAUUUUAAUAUCAUGGAAUUCUAGAGAUUUCUUUGAGUAACUACUGACGUCCUCUUUUUUUUAUCGAUAUUUAUUAUUUUUAGCGCAAAUCAAUAAAAUAAAAUUAUAGUAUUAUUUUCCAUUGUUUUAUCAUGAUUUAUCUUUGACAUCAAUCAUUCAUUACCAUUACCCGAAUGUGCCAGCAGGAGCGUAUGUAUGUGUGUCCAUUUCUUGGCCGAGGUUUUCGACAGAGGGGUAACCUCUUCCAGGGGUAAGCGACUCCAGUUGUAAAAUCCUCCAAGUUUUUGACAUAAGAGGUCGUUAAAUUCUUCAGGAUUGUGGUAGUGAGGUAGGGUAUAUACAUUUUUAAAAAUGGCGCCCGCAAGAAGCUUGGGGGGGGGGGUUCCUUACCAUAGUAAUAUAGGAUCAAUUGAAAGCUAAUGAAAUAUGUGUAAGCAGUCGGGUAUUUUUGUUUUUAGAAUAAUAAUUAAUCUUUUAAAAAUGGUGUAAAAUAAAAGAAAGUAUUCUGAU